CGGCGGAGGCUGGCCGGUGUUCGGUUUCACCAGCUCACACGUGACCGCAAUGGCUGCUCGUCUGUGCCGUGCGGUGCAUCAUUGCUCUGCCGCCCUGCGAAUGUAGGCUACAGCGGGAUCCUCGCGUUGGUGAAUUGUAGGAGCGGACAUUCACAACCCGCCUAAGCCAAAUUCCACCGCAGGCUCGCCCGGCGGAGAAGAACGACAUUCGUCGGUGAAAUUGAAGCAUCUCUGACUUGAACUUCCAGCAACCAGCACGGCGGUAGGAGGAGUCAACAGGGGUUUUGCGGCACUGUUCUGCUCCUCUGAAAGUCGGAAGAAGUUUAAGCUGGAGAUCCCACAGCAGGUCAAAGUGUUGGACUGACUCGCUCUGACAGGUUUGAUCCAAGAGCAUUCUGUGACCUCCGGAGCACUGGUCCUCGUUUCCUCUUGCGUCACAUCAUCCCUGUACAUCCUCCUGAAACUGGCUGCACUGGAGUGAACACUGACCAUCAAACAGGAAUAUAUUACCUCCAAGAGAACUUCAGGAUCCUAUUCAGAGAGUUACAUACACUGUAAACUCUGGGCCAUACACUGUGAACAAAUGGCAUCAUAACCACUCACACGCACCAGUCAUUAGUCUUACAGCUGCCAGAGUAAGCACCCGCACUGACCAACACAGGCAAAGCGCUCCUAGCUGGAUUAAUCAAAGCUCAUGAUGGGACAGUAGAGAUUGGGCAUUACGGAUAGCCUGCACAGAGGUCUGGGACUCAGUGUUGUGUCUGAGCGUGCCAUGUCUGGAAACGGCAACCCUUGCCCCAGUCCCGGAGGGUUGGGCACCCCUCUGGGGGGCUUCUCUAUGCCGCACUACCCUUACUUCUUUCCACAUAUGCUUGGAGGACUCUCUCCGCCAGCGCUUCCAGGGCUUCCUGUCAGUGGAUACAGCACUCCAUCUCCAGCAACUGUGGAGACCCAGAGCACAAGCUCAGAGGAGAUCGUACCCAGCCCUCCUUCACCGCCGCCUCCACCACGGGUCUACAAGCCCUGUUUUGUCUGCCAGGACAAGUCCUCAGGCUACCACUAUGGAGUCAGUGCAUGUGAAGGGUGUAAGGGCUUUUUCCGAAGGAGCAUUCAGAAGAACAUGGUGUACACCUGCCACAGAGAGAAGAGCUGUAUCAUCAACAAGGUCACCCGAAACCGCUGCCAGUACUGCCGAUUGCAGAAGUGCCUGGAAGUGGGCAUGUCUAAAGAAUCUGUUAGGAACGACCGGAACAAAAGGAAGAAGGAUGACAAGAAACAGGAAUGUUUGGAAAGUUAUGUCUUAAGUCCAGAUACAGAGAAGAUGAUCGAGCAGGUGAGGAAGGCCCAUCAGGAAACCUUCCCCUCGCUCUGUCAGCUGGGAAAAUAUACCACGAACAACAGCGCGGACCACAGGGUGGCUCUGGAUGUUGACCUGUGGGACAAAUUCAGCGAGCUUUCCACCAAAUGCAUCAUUAAAACAGUUGAGUUCGCCAAGCAGUUACCCGGCUUCACCACGCUCACCAUCGCAGAUCAGAUCACCCUGUUAAAGGCUGCCUGUCUCGACAUCCUGAUCCUGCGAAUAUGUACACGCUACACACCCGAUCAGGACACCAUGACAUUUUCAGAUGGUCUGACACUGAACCGCACGCAGAUGCACAACGCCGGCUUUGGCCCUCUUACAGAUCUGGUGUUCGCUUUCGCCAACCAGCUGCUGCCUCUGGAGAUGGAUGAUGCAGAGACUGGGCUUCUCAGCGCCAUCUGUCUGCUGUGUGGAGAUCGGCAAGAUCUAGAGCAGUCGGAUAAGGUGGAUGCACUUCAGGAGCCCUUGCUGGAGGCUCUGAAGAUCUAUGUGAGAAACCGGAGACCUCAUAAACCGCACAUGUUCCCCAAGAUGCUGAUGAAGAUCACAGACCUGAGGAGCAUCAGCGCUAAAGGAGCGGAGCGAGUAAUAACGCUGAAAAUGGAAAUCCCGGGCUCCAUGCCCCCGCUCAUUCAGGAGAUGCUGGAGAAUUCGGAGGGUCUGGAGGGAGGCGGCGGGUCGAAAGGAGCUGGAGGAGGUGGUGGUGGUGGUGGUGGAAAAGGAGCUCCACCUGGAAGCUGCAGCCCCAGUUUGUCUCCCAGUUCGGUGCACAGCAGCCCCUCGGCUCACUCCCCUUGACUUUCAUCUCCAGACAGACCUCCGUACAGAAUGAAACUGGUUUCAAACCAGAAAUAAGCCACAGCCGACCAGCGCCAGAGAGCAGAAUUCCGGUAGACUUUGACCCGGACUGAACAGUAAAUCUGGCCAGCUUUCAUUCGCUGAAGGCCAGUUGAGUUGCACACAGGCCGAGCCUGAUCAAAACUCACGCCGUCAUUAAAACCUCCAGCGAUUCAGCAACUACAAGAGCCUUUUCACGUGGCGCUGCUUCACGGAGAUGGCAGAACAAACGCCCUGUGUGCGCAUACGGCUCCUUACUGUGUCUUCCCGGCUCUGCUCCCAUCAUGCGAACUGUGAAGGCCCAGGGAAGCUCGUCUGAAGUGCGCGUUCUCUCGGCCUCAGCGUUAUUUUAUAAACUUCAAUCCCUUAAAGCAAGCUAAAGGACUUUAGGACGUCAGCUGUCCACAAGUCAGGGACGUUUUGAACUUUCCAGCUGUUUUGGUUCUCUUUCUUUGUUUUCGUACAAAAGAUAUAUGAAUAUAUGAAAUCUAUAUUGACAGAAAUAUGAGAUUUGACGUUUUUUGGUCUUGGGUGGAAUGCAGAACAUUUCUUAUCUUUUUCUCUCACUUCGUCUCGAGUUGAACAUGGUUAUGGUCGACCCACUGUUACCUUCACUCCAAGACAGUCCCGUUCACGUCACGCACAAGGGCACGUCGCACUGAAAAUGAUGUGUGCGCUUCAAUCAAGAUGGGGGUAAAACACCGUUUUGUCCGGACGAUUUGGAGAUAUGACACUUCAUCAGAAAUGAAGGAUCCCCUGUAAGCAAGCGGCUUGUGAUUCUGAUGUGUAUGAGAUCUCGAUUUUAAAGGAGCAGCGAAUGCCUUCCUGUAGCUUUUAAUAUUGCUCUUUUUUUGCUUUUCAUUUUGUAAUUGUCACCUGUCGAAAAACACCGAGACCCCCUUCUAAACAGUAUUAGCUGAUUACAAAAUAAAAGAGAUUUCCAAAUAUGACGAUUCACUAAGAAAAGCGUGUAUUUUGAGCUAAAUGCAUUUCAGAAGUAUUGCGAAUGUUGUAACUGAGCAUUUCACACAGAAGCAUCUUUUUCUUUUCACACGCCCUGCACCUGGAUCUUGAAGCCCUGUUAUUGGUCGAUUUGUUUCUAAUCAUCCGUCACGCGUCCUGAGAUGCUUCCACCGCCGCUUCCUCUUUUUCUGUACUUUACAACAUCACUGCCUCUGCUCUCCUGCAACAAUCAUUGAACAGCAGUCAACAACAACACUGCCUCUGUGUGACAAUCACUUCAAGUAAAGCUCACAAACAACUCUGCCUCUGUAACACACUGAUCCCUACAGAACACUGGAUUCAUCUGACUCUGCUACAUCUGUCAAAUAAAAACAAGGAGAAUUUAAAGGGAUGGUUCAUCUCAAAAAGGUUUUGAACAAGUGAAGACUUUUGGUUUUAUUCUUUUGUUGAAAGCAAAGGAAGAUAUUUUGAGUGCUGGUUGCUGCACUAAUUGACUUCCUUAAUACGUUUUCUUAUUAUGGCAGUCAAUAGGUGCCAGGAACCAACAUUCUUCAAAAUAUCAUCUUUUGUGUUCAAUAGAAGAAACAAACUCAUAGAGAUUGAAAACCAUGUGAGGGGAGAGUAAAUAAGGUCAUUUUCAUUUUGGCUGAACUAUCUCUUUAACUCAUAGUGUGAUGAUUAUCUGGAAAUUAAUUAAUUUGUUAUUGCCUAAAUGUAAAUCACAAGUCCUUUAAAAAAAAUCAUCCACAAAUUCUAUUUGUCAUAGAGUAAAUUUGAUACAAAGAGUGUUUUUGCCCCCCAAUAACAUUCAUUAUAAUGACUGAAUAACCUUUGAAGGUUGAACAACAUGCGGGUGUAUAAAUAGUGUUUUAAAUAAUGAACUUUUCGUGGGUGAUGAACUUUCCUGUUUAAUAAAAAAAUGAGAUUGGUAAAAAUAAAUAAUGUUUAGGGGGAGGUGGGGACAAUAAAAGCCAUCAGGGGACAAUAUAAUCCAUUUCUGAGGGAUCAGUGUCAGCAUAUCAUUAUUGCACCAGUUCACAACAGCUCUGCGUCUGCUGAAACCGUCGACUUGAACCUUUGAACAGAGCGGUGGACAGAAAUGACUUCCUCUUGAACAUGUUCUUCUGAGAGUGGAGAGUAAAUUGUUUCACUGCAACUAUGCACACGACAUGCACAGAGCUCAAGUCUGUUCACUUCUAUCUACCUGUUGUGAAAAUCACAAGCCUCUUCCAGUUGUUCAGUUCUGUCCGUUUCUUUUAUUCUGCAUUCAGUCGCUGCCCAAAGGUUCAUCACUGUUGAGCUAUACUGCGUCACAGACCUCGACAGGCCUCUUCUCUCACUCACAGAUGACACCACGUACAGCACAAACCCUGUACUGCUUUAACGGUUGUUAUACAGUCAAACGCACAAAACUGUUUCUGUUGUGUCAGGUUCCUGGAUGAGAAAAGUAAUGUUUAAUAAAGACAUCCAUUUUGUGUGUGUUUCUGA